UAUUACUAUUUACAUUUUACAGUAUAAUUAUUAUUGUUUAGUGUUUACUUUUGUGUUUUUUUAUGUAAAUAAUUGUUCUCAAGUCUCAAUUGAACACGUAACUUUUUGUUUAAAAUUAGCUAACUCAGGUUAAUAAUGUCUUUAUACGACGAUUUCGAUGUUGUUAAACAAAAAUCUGAUGGCUGGUCUUCGGGCAUGAAACUCUUUCAGUCACAAAUGCAGUUGAAAAAAGCAGCUCAAACUCAACCAAGAAGAGAAGCAACCCGUAAAUCAACAUCAGUUUUAGCACCAGUAAUUGAUUUAAAGAAAAAAGAUGACGAUGAAUCCAUGUUUGAUCCUGGGCUUGGCUUUACAAUUUUUCCAAUGGCUCGAGAAGGAAAAAAACCACAACGUCCGUCAUUUCCACCUAUGGACUGGAAUUUUGAUGGCAAUGAAUAUGAUCCUAUGAUUCCUAAUGAUUAUGAAAGAGUAGUUAGAGAUUUAAGAGACAUGCGAGAUAAAGAAAAAGAAAAGGAAGAUGAUGAAAGACGAAAACGUAGAGAAGAGCGAAAUAAAAAUAGAGAUCCUGGCUACAAUAUGAUGGAUUUGCCAACUAGUUUUACACCUAACACAGACGAAAGACGCAAAACAGGAUUUACUGGAUUUGGUGGACGUAAAGAUAGUGAUAGUGAAGAAGAUGAACCAAAACCCAUAAGUAGAAUUCCUGGUGCUGCAAUUGCUCCACCUCCUUCAUUGCAGGAAUCAUUUGUAUCAUCACCUGGACCGCAACAGUCUUCUGGAAUUGGCAUGGGCAUGGGCGUUGCUGCUAAAAUAAUGGCCAAAUAUGGUUUUAAGGAGGGACAAGGAUUGGGUAAAAAGGAACAAGGUAUUUCAGUGGCUUUACAAGUUGAAAAAACAAGUAAAAGAGGUGGUAGGAUUAUUCAUGAGAAACCAGGUGGUAAUGUUUCACCUCCACCACCUAUGUCUUCUAUGGUACAAGAUGAUUUUGUUGCGCCUGCUCCGCCACCUCCUAAACCUCUACAAAGUAUCACAGAAAUAAUGAAAGAACAAUCUAAGGUAGUACUAUUACGAAAUAUGGUUGGACCUGGUGAGGUUGAUCAAGAUCUUGAACCUGAAGUAAAGGACGAAUGCAACACUAAAUAUGGAGAUGUCAACAAAGUAGUUAUAUAUGAAGUUCCAAAUGUUGAUCAUGAAGAAGCUGUACGAAUAUUUGUGGAAUUUAAACGUAUUGAAUCAGCAAUCAAAGCUGUUGUAGACCUAAAUGGAAGAUUUUUUGGUGGUAGACAAGUAAAAGCUGGAUUUUAUAGUGCAGAAAAAUUAAAUAGUUAUCAGCUUCUCGAUUAAAAUUAACUAUUUAAUAAUAUAUAAAUAAUUGCAUUGUAUAAUUUUAAUAUAUUUGGACAAAUUUUGAUCAAUAAAUUAACUGUAUAAAAUA